AGCCGACUUGGUGCGGGAAGUACAAUGUAUAGCGCUGCUUGGAAUAAAUUAUAUAAGGAUCAUCUACGGGCUUAUAGCACUGAAGAUACCAAGAGUCCAUGAUAACCCGAGCAAGACUUUUGACACCAACUAUCAACAAGAAAUUGAAAGUUACUUCCUAAUUUGAGUCGAUAUUUUUUUCCAGUAUGUCUUCGCAGUCGGCAAGUACCGCUUCCAACUUAGCCCUUGAGGACAGAAGAAUCUAUGGAUUUGGGCCCGAUCAUCGUAUGCCCCAUUCAUGCCCUUCAUGCCUUGGAACUCCGGGGCAUAUUCUAGGGUUAAUGAUUGUCAUGAUUGUGACGGGACCGGUCUUGUGUGGGACACCAGUUCGGACAGUAUUUACCAAGGAGAGGAGAAACAACAGGCAUCACCCGGUGGAUCCUCUCCGGAGAGUUCUUCGUUAUCAUCGUAUGACCGGCAAGGUUGAAAGUAAUUAUUGCCUCCGAUGGUCUAUCCUGAGGACAUAUUCGUGUACUGUGUCCAGUCGUUCGAGCAUAAAGGAGAAAGCAUCUACGGGGAAUAUCAAUAAAUAUGUGGUACCUUGGAUGGAAAUAACAGGUACCUAGACACUGAUAAGGAAGCUCGCUUCAAGACUAGCAAAACGAAGCUUAAUGGAUUACUUAUGUACUAGUAACUGGCAGAUAUCCACUCUUAAUAUUCGGUGGGGUAAUGCAUACGAUACAGGGGCUAUAGGAUGCGGAGAACCUGGGGUAAUCAUUUCGGCUUUGGAGUUUCCCUGGGUUG